AUGCUUCUCUGGAAAAGGUCACUGACACAGUCUCCACCUCUGGCUCGUCCUCCGAAUCUUGUCUCUAUCCCCUCUCUGAGUGUCUCUGAUAUCCACAAAAACUCUCUAAAACGUCUCAACGCCACGCACAAAUCUCUGAUUUUGCCUUACUCACAAACCCUGGCGGGCUUGGAUCUGGCACCCCAACUCGAAUUCAGCCCGUACAAGAUGGCGGGCAUACCUCCGUCAUCCCCGUCGCUCCUGUCCGGCUACGGUGGUGGCAACUCCAACUCCAACUCCAACAGCUACGCCAACAGCAACACCAACAGCAACGCCGCCCUCUACGACCUUUUUGAUCCCCUCGCAAACUCCAACACUCGAGCCGCUGCCGCUGCCGCCAACGUCAACCUGGAUCCCGCCAGCAACGCCAACAAUGCCAACAUCAACACACGCCCCGACUCGGCCCCCCAAUCACAUCCCUCCCAGCAGCAGCAGCAGCAGUUUCACCCGGCUCACGCUGCCCCGCAUUCGCCGGCCUCUUCGACCGGCUUGAAUCCUCAUCAACCAACCAACCCCAAUACUCCCAGCUCCACAGCCGCCACAAGUGAUCUAUUUGGUGAUCUGCUCGGCACACCACGCCAACCCGUGGCUGCCUCCUCCGGUGCCGCCUCGACGGCCGGCUUUUCAGACCGCGUCGCCCGCGUCAACGACCUCAACGAUGAACGCGAGAGCGUCGAUGCCCACCAUGGCGAUACCGCCUCCACCCGCAGUGCCCUGAGCCGCAGCCCGCACUCCCUCGGUGGUUAUCGGGAUGGCAGUAACACCCCUUCUGAAGAUGAGGCCGCCGCCAGCGACACCUCCCUCGCUGCCCCCCAAGAUUCCACCCCGCUCACCACCUCCCACGAUUCACCUCCAUCCUCCACCUCAAACUCGACCCUCCCUGCCCCCGAGGCUGCUCCCCCAACCCCGGCCCAAAACUCCCUGCUCCCUGAUAACAAUUCCACCCCACGCUUCAAUUUUCAGGCCUUUCUGGCUAAGAUGCGCGAACCCUCGGCCAGUACCCUCGUCAAGCCCAUUCGCGACUUUAUCGGCCGCUUCACUCAACCCGUUCACAACCCAGACGAAGCCGUUCAGCCCAUCCGCGACUUUCUCGACAAGAUCAACCACGAUUUGGCCAAUCAUGAGCUGUGGCGCGAUGCCACGGACGCCGACCUGGAAUACGGUUACGAAGGCAUGGAAAAAUACAUCAUGAGCAAGCUUUACCAAUACGUCUUUCAACCCCCACACUCGGAUGACGUCCAUCAAGAUCAGGCGCUGACAGAUCGCAUGAAGAUGCUAGCCUUCAUCAAACCCGAGGUGAGUUUUAUGCCAUCACGUCUCGAUGCACUGGAUGCAGUGCGCCAUGGUCACAAGGUCACCUUCUUCUUUGCCGUCUCCCAGCACCUCGAAAUCUCGGCUGCCGUCACCAACCAUGAAGCUGACCUGGCAGAGGCUCAAACUGAACUCAUCAAGAUUGAUUCUUAUCGCUCACCUCGCGACAAGCUUCUUGGCGAGGCUGGCUACUAUCUGACCAACAUGCAAGGAGCUGCACGGUUCAUUCAAACCGUGGACUCAUCCCAGCUGGCCAUUGAACGAGAGGAGUUUGAUAUGCACCUCAAUGCCAUGUUGGAGGCCAUGCAUGGAGAUAGCAGCGCCCCACCCGUCUCUGGCCCCGCCACUCCAGCGUCCUCCGCCGUUGCCUCGCAAUCAGGCGUGGGGGGCGGUGUUGCUAACAAGCAACGACCAACCCGUCCACCGCCGCCACGACCGAAUGCCGGACCUACCAGCGAGGAACUCCGCCCACGCGCCGACUCAAUCAUGGCGCACCACCCAGUCACACCUGCACCCGCGCAGAACGCAAGGCCUGCUGCCGCCGCCGCCGCCGCUGCCACUGCCGCUCGUGGCUCGGGAAGCAGCGAACGUCGCAGCACCCCCACCUUUUCUCUCAAUCAGCAUUGCCACACACUUCUCAUCAGACACAUGGUGGUUUUGCGCACUGCACUUCUGGAACUGCGCCUGUGUGUGUGCAUAGUUGGUUGA